UGUCAUUCUCGUUUAUGCUUUUACCAACGAAAUACCAAUUCGAACACGCUUACCCCUAGUUGUCUUUAAUUAGAAACGCAAAAAACAAAUUGGAAUUAAAUACAAUUUUUGUAUCCACAAUAAUUUUGUGUUCAUCGAAUAAAUACGGUGUCAGUGAUUUAAAAAGUGCUAUCUUUUGAAAUAUAUCAGUAAAACUAUUUCAUAGAGUUGACAAUUUGCUACGCUCCACUUGUGAAAAACGCGAGUCUGCCGAAAUUAGUGUUGUGCGGGGCAUAGGAAUACAAAAUUAAAUACUUUAGUCCUAAUUACGUCAACAAAAAAAAAGCAAAUAUACAAAUACAUACCUACAAAUAUAAAUAAACAUAAAUGUGCAAAAAAAAUAUAAAACUAACGGUGCCAAAAACCAUCCAAUACAGUUUAAAAAAGUUAUUGAGUUAAAUGUAUACAUGUACAACAACAAAAAUAAGAAAAAUAAAAAAACAGUUUAAUAUUUUGCAUACCGCAGUACAGUCUUGUACGGUAUUUGUUAGCUCUAUUUGACAUCAAACAUUAGAGAAUGGUCUCUGAAUGUAGCAGACGCUCCCCAGAUUGCUAAAAUAUAUUCUUGUUUAAAUUGAGUUUUUAAGUUUACAAAAAAUAUUCUUAGCAGCUGGAAUUUGUGUUAAAAUUUAAAAUUACGCCUGACAAUUUCCGCAGGCAAGGUAUAACAAGUGACGGUGGAUGAAGCAAAGGAAAAGUGUGGCGUUAAAAUGGCAAAAGAAUCGGGUUUAAAAGUUAAAGUGGGCAUUAUCGAAUCGGAUUUGGUUGAUUUAAUGACGGUUUUCUCAAAAAAAGCCUUCGAUGCUUCUACAACUGAGCCUGGAUCAUUAGACGAGCUUAUCCUACAUAAUUGCGAGUAUCUGAUGAGCCUUGACUACAAUACAUUUCAAAUAGAUAAUACUGGUGGCGUACUUACUGACCAUUACCCGCCAACCAUUUUUGUGCCCGAAUCCGAACAUGACCACGUGGCAACAACCGUUGAUAGUACGCCGAACACCACGUGUAAUUCAAACGGCGCAAACGCUUUCGAAAGUCCUAAUGGCAGUGAUUGCAAUGCAAAAAAUCGAAAACCCUACCGUCAUUCCAAUGGAAGCAUCCCGCGCAGCAUAACUCCGACACUUGAAAAUGAGAAUAGCAAUGGUUGCGAUAACUCCACAGGGAAUGGCAGUGAUAGCGAUAGCAGUAUUCAGUCGUUUGUUACCGUCUCACGACCACAACGUCCGCCAAAGCAACGUACCAUCUAUGAAGAAAUGUAUGAUGCCAAUAGAAUACGUGACCUUAUAAUUCGUGCCAGAUAUGCACGAUGUCGUCAACGCUUCGUUGCACCUGUUAUAUAUUUUCGUGGCCAGUACAUUUGUCGAUCAGCCACAGUAUCUGUGGUGCAGGAAACUUAUUCUCGUUACGCUUAUGAUUACAUAACAUCGGGUACCACCAACGAAACACAACAACGAACGCAUACCGAAGAUGAUUCUUCGGAUGAUUCAUUAAUAAAUGAUUCGCCAUCACCAUUUUCCUACAGCGAAUCGAUCAGAAGUGACAUUGCCCUACUAAAUACGCUCAAUAUCAAAACUAUCGCCGAUUUGAUGGUUGAACAAAGGAAGGUCAAAUACUUUGUAACCAUAUCAUCAUCGGAGAAAGCCGAUCCUGAGCAUAACUAUAAAAAUUUCAAUUUACUCGCCCUGCCAUAUCCCGGUUGUGAGUUCUUUAAGACAUUUCGUGAAUAUGGUUAUACUGCACCUAAUUUGCAUUACAAUUGGAAAAGCCCAUUUAACGAUGCCCACAUAAGUAUACCGAAAAUCGGACCCGCAAUGGAUCUUGAUAUAAACUGGGAAGAAUACCGAAAUUGGGAUGUGGUGGUGAUCACACAAAAUUAUCUUAAGGCAAUGCUUAAAUAUGUGCAGGAAGAGAAUAGUGGCCUUUUGGUACAUUGUAUAAGCGGUUGGGAUCGCACCCCACUGUUCAUCUGUUUGCUACGCCUAUCGCUUUGGGCGGAUGGUCUUAUACAUCAAUCACUAGAUACUACACAGAUUACUUACUUCACCUUGGCCUACGAUUGGUAUUUAUUUGGUCAUCAACUUCCAAGUCGCGAGAAACGUGGCGAAGACAUUAUACUCUUUUGUUUUCACAUGCUGAAAUAUAUCGCAGGCGAAGAAUUCAGUUUAGGCGAGCAUAGAAAACGUACUAAAACAACCAGCAGUAGUGGUAGUUGUGGGCUCGGACUAAAAAUGGAAGAUGAUGCCGCUUUAAGAGAAGAACUAUUUUUAGCCGCCUGUGAUCAUGAUAGUAAUGAUAGUUUUUCAAAUAAAUCCAACUGUGAUUUGCAAGUAACUGAUACAUUUAACGCUAUGACAAUACCCAACACAUCGCCACAAGCAACAACGACCAAUAAUACUACAAUUCCUAAUCGUUCGCCUAAUUCUAAACGUACACGCACAAGUCCUAUGCCGGUUCCAGGUGCAAAUGCGGCGCGUCAACGGCAAGAAUCCGUAUCAUCCAACAGCAGUUGGCACUUAGUGACAGAAACUGGUUCCAUAGAUUCCGUUGCAACUGGUAGUUAUAUGAGUAAUCAUGCUGCCACACGUUCAGAGAGCGGUUCAGUGAAUUCAAACAGCAGUACUCAAUCUAGUAGACAUUCAAAUGGCAGCACUACAAAGAAUAGUGGGAGCGAUACAGUAGAUAGCAGUCCAAGUGUUCAUAAUCCAAGCGGUGACAGCAAUUUAAGUGGCACUAGUUUUAGUAGUGCUGCGAGCAGUCAUGGCUCUGACACAAGUAAUACUACACUGCCAACUACAAUGAAAGACACUGCGAUUGCUAGUAAUGGCGAACAUGGAGAGAGAGAGAAAUCGUUGACACCGAAACCAACUGAAGAUCGAUACAAGACUGAACGCGAAAAACGUUUAAAUCAGGUUCGUGCCCUCUUCGUUCGUUGUUAUGGUAAAAGUGUGGGCCUCAAAUUGAGGGAAGGUAACGCCAAAAAUAUUGCAGCGGUCAUUUCGACUUUAUUCUGAAGUGCUGGAUAACUUGAUUGAGCGACGUAAACUAAGUGGACACAAACAUACAUACAUACACACAUGGAAACACAUUUUUAAUUUUACCAAAUCCGUUUUUUAAUUAAAUUUAGUUUAUCGUUUUUGUAAAGUUUUAAUAAUUUUAAGGAAAUGUGAAAGUAAAUGUCUGCCAUAAUCGGUUGUAUCAGGCUAUUAUGUCCUUCUUGCUGUUUGUUAGAAAAAUUUACAUACGUUGUACCCUAAUUAAAAUUCAAAAGAUGGUUGUCGUACGAAAAA